AUGGACCUCGAAGCGCGCUAUCGUGCGGCGACGCUCGAGCAAAUUGAGAUUGAGCGACGCCUUGAAGCCGUUCAAAAUGCACCCGUCGCUGUGUACUAUGUGCCACUAGACUAUGUUCUCGUGUGCGCCGUCGUUGCGUGUAUUUUGCCCGUGCUAGAAGUGUGGUGGCACACCAGAUGCUCUUCGGCUCUGCGCGGCUCGGCACGGCAGUCGCUCGAGAGCGCGAUCGCUCCGUUGCCGCCAACUGCCACGUCCAGAAAUUCAGCCUUUGCGGCUCGACUGCUGCAGCGCUGUUUGACCGCAGACCCGGCGCUGACGCAUUUCCUGCAGCACGAGCUCCGUCAUGUGAUGCACGACGCCGACAAGCUACGCGCCGUGCUCGGUGACCCAGCGCUGCACCAUCUCCGUCGCGAAGACUGGGUGCGCGGUCUCGACGCCAACUACUUUAUGAUCCUACAGUGCGUCUUGACGUCUGCCGCAUUCGAUGGCGCCUGCAGUCCGCUACGCACGCGCAAGUGGCUUGCGCGAGGACUCUCAGUGUUUGCAAUGGAUCUCCGGGCACUCUUUGAGGGCCAGCUACCACUUUUGCACUUUUAUCAGUGGCGCAGCACCCGCGCGUCAAAGUACCGAGGAACCCUUCUCUUCGUGGCACUCCUCGUGCUUGAGCACUUCGAGUCGAGCGAAGCAAGCGUCGAGCGCCGGACCCAGCUGUACACGUGCAUCGAGUGCUUCGUGGAGGGCUCGGUGGAGGCAGAGCUUGCGACGUGGUCCCACGAGGACCGCGCCUGCUUGAAACGCGAGUGGCGUACGUGCCACGACAACCCCAUCCAAUUUCAAGGCGCAUGCAAGGCCAUGGGCCUUCCGUCGGCGCUGCGAUGCUUGAUCGAUGUCGUCCACCUAGCGCGGUCGAUGCCGCAGCCGUUGAGGCGGCAUCAGCGGCUCAUCGUUCACCUGCAUGCGCUGGCACGUUCCCCGAAGCUUCUUGGUGCAGCGCGGCUCGUCUCUCGUUUGUUUGAAUUUGGCGCCACUUUGCAUAUGGAUCUCGUCAUCAACGCCGAGGAAGACGCGAUGAUGACGCAGCACGCGGUCGGUAACAAGAAAUUCCUUUAG